AAAUGGCGGCGCCCAGGUACACAUUUUCCGUGCUGGUUGUAUUGAUUUUCCUGUUUUCGCCUGUGUACAUCGCUCAGAGGCCACCUCCUGGUGCGAUCGUACCUACUACAGAUGACCUGAGGAGACUGGUGGCUACGGAGGAGCUUGUCUUGGUGAAUUUCUAUGAGCCCAGCUGUGAGGAGUGUAAGGCGUUCUACCCUGUGUAUACAGAAUUGGCCCAGGAGCUGGAACAAGUAGAUGUUGUGUGUGUGUCGCACAAUGGACCACUGCCGGAGUAUGGGGUCAACAGUUUUCCUAGGAUACUGUUCUUCAGGAAGGGCAGCCCUGUGCUGUACGAUGGUGCCCUGAUGCAUGAGGACCUGUAUGAGUGGCUAGAGUUAACCAGACAGCCCAACCUUCAGCAGCUAUUUGAGGAUAACUUUGAACACCUGACUCAGGCCUCUACUGGAGCAACUACAGGGGACUGGCUUGUCAUGUUCUCAUCUGAAUCAUGUGUGGACUGCAAAGUGGCCAUACCAGUCCUGGAUGCUGUUGCCACCAAGGUGAAGGGGAGACAGAAUGUUGCAGUUGUCGACGUGGAGAAAAAUCCUCAACUCAAGGACAGAUUCAAGGUCACUGAAGUGCCAACAAUAAUCUUCUUCCGCCUAGGGAAGAUGUACACCUACAACCUCCCCAAGAUGGACAUCCCGACUAUCAAAUCCUUCAUGGAGGGAUGGUACAAAAACGUGCGAGCAGAGGCAGUACCCGGCAUUCCCACACCAUUUGACCAACUUGUAGAAAAGAUCGUGGAUCACCUAAAGGCCUUUGUGGCCACAGUGAAGACAGAUGGAGCGGUGACAGCACUGACAGGAAACCUUGUGGUCAUGGUCACGUUGGCAGGGCUGUUUGUUGUCAUAGUAACCAUUGUUGUUUGCCUUACGUGUACAUGUAAACAAGACCAAAAACUCAAAACAGAAUAACCUAAUAUGUUCAAGGUAUUUUUUUCCAUCAUAAGGCUAUUUAUUUAUGCUUUUCAACAUAGAAUUUACUAUGCGUCGGUAGACCUCUUCUUUGUUUCUGCGGAUAUACUUUUCCCGCAUUGCUGAAAAUAGCUAGACUAUGGGGAAUUGAUCAAACUAGUUUAGGUCCUUCCCACAUGCAUACAUGUGUAUAUGGUGUAUAGGGUGGUGUCAAUCUCUGUCACAAUGGCCCAUGGGCCACACAAAAUUGUAAAAUCAUUACAACAGGGUCUGUGUUAAACUCUUGUACUAUUUCCCAAAUGCUAAUUGCUAAGCAGAGAAAGCAGUUGGCACUUUUGUAUAACUAGAUGAGAUGUGGAAUUCACAGCCUACUGAAUACAUGGCAAACACUCCACUCAUGUGGCUUAUUGUAUGGACUAGUAUACUGUGGACAAUUGGCAUAAAAUUGAAGAAUUGGUCUCUAAGUGCUGAUGCUGUAGAUGUAAAAUGAGGACAAUUUUAGUACUUCCUCCUAAUUGAUGUUUGGUUUUGUUGAUUUGUGAAUGAUAGUAUUUU